GUGACAAUAGCAACAUCAAGCAUCUCCUAAACGGCAGUCAAGAAACGGAGGGGGGGCGGGAUUUCGGACGUACUUUGCCGCCUUGUGAGGGUCUCUUCCUGGAAUACGAAACCUAGCAUGGAGCGGCGCUGGAGAGGGAAGUCGCCGCGUCUCCAUCACUGAGAGGCGCGUCCACCUGCUAACUGGAGGCCCGGGCUGCUGGUGCUGCUCGCUGGUGGUGGAGGAGGAAAAAAGGGAAGCAAAGCGAAGCAGGCUGGCCGGCCGGGCGGGCUUGGUUGGGUGGAGGAGAUGCAGCGGGGACGUGUUUGCAUUUGGAAGGAAACAACACGCACAUUCUCACAUUCAGUCCGAAGCUCUUGCGGAGGAUCGGUUUGCGACGCUGGGGGGAAAGACGCAGUAUUUUUGGGCGCAGACGCUCUGGAGGUGGGACAGUCAAAAUGAUGCGUAGGAGGACAAGCAGCGUUGAGUCGUAUUGAUGGACGUGUUAACAGACAGCGGUCUCACACUGAUGGUGAAGACUUCACAAACAGAUAAUGCAAUUGCAGUGGAGAACACAGGGGUGUGUAAGCAGAGUGGUGAUCUGAGUCUACGCAGACUUGUUGAUCCUGCUCUCCCUCCAUCCUCACCUCAUCCCGCUGCAGAGUCGUCACAGCGGGUCUGCCCACUGAAUCAGAGCAACGCAUCCACAUCGCCGACUCUCUGCUUCCCCCUCUCCCUCGGCACUGAUCCCUCUCUGGAUCUGACAGCAGCUCAAUGCCCUCCUUCUCAUGAAGUUCCAAACGUAGUCCCACACUUUCACCACACUCCCAGUCCCGCAUCACUACCCAACCCGGCUGUAAGCUCCUGGGGCUCGACGGUAGACACCCAGAAGAGCAUUCGAUUGCCUGCCGCCGCCUCUAUCUCAAUGACAAUGAUGGAGCCUGACAACGUUUCGAGCCUGGCGGAGGAGUGUCUCCUUCAGCCAAGCCGUACCUGCCUUGGUUGCUUUAUUGAAACCCGCGAUGCCACUUCAGUACAGAACCCACCCCACGAGCCGACCACGAGCCCUAAUUCAGAAAACGGACUCAGUGUACGGAUAGGGGAUGUGAAUCGAGAGGAUUUCUCCGACAUCAACAACAUCAGCCUCCAGUGCCUGAGCCACGCAGGGGAGGCGGUGAGUCACUAUGGAGAACAGCUCCUCUCCGACCAGCUGCUUAGCUUCCCCCUGCCCAAAUCCUCAGAUGAGGCCAAAAGAGCGGAAGGGAACAAAACAACAAAUGACUGUGAUGAUCCCGACGAUGAUGCAACAACUAAGAACUUAUACGAAGGACUAUUAUUGGACAAAGUCAGCGGAGAAGAAGCGCUGUUAGCGAAUGCCAGCCAGGACUGGGGCUACUUUGAAUCCUUCAUCAGCGAGAGCAAAAUGGAACUGCUGGACCUAUGUUCUAAAAAUGAGCUGUCAGUCAAUCUCUUCUCAGAGGAAGAUGUCGAUAAUUUAUUUGACGACGAAGACGACGACUCGACUUUAAGCAGUGACGUUUGUUCGCUAAAGAUUCGUUACGAGUCAUUUCAGGACAACAUGAGGGAAAAAACUAAUGUUCUCCAGGAGGAGACGCAGUUAAAUUUUUUCCCGAGUGUCCUGGCCAACUGUGCCAAGAAAGAAGAAGGAGUAGGAGUCUUGAGGAGGAGUGUUGAGGACGAGCUUCAGCCCAAAACCGAUGAGCUCACUUUGGAAACGGGACAGGAGGAAAAGCCAGGGGACUGCAGUGGUGAGAGCCCACUUGACGGCUCCCACUGCUCGCCCAUGUCAACUCCUAAAAUCAACUACGUAAUAGACUUUAAUUCCACGGAGGAAUCGGGGGAGUUCAGUGAUGACAGCUCCUGCACCGGCUCCUCGUCGGACACUGUGCAGGAGGGCAAAUAUAAAAAGGGGCACUCGAAAAGAUUCUUCAGUCCCUCGAAUCCGCUUAACUAUGGCUUGCGCUCCAAGAGAAAGGUCCGAUACAGUGAUGAUUACUUGUACGAUGUCGACUCGCUUGAGAGUGAGAAGAAUGCAGAGAAGAAAGACAAAACCCCAUUAGGUCAAAAAGAGGAAGAAGAUGUCGACUGGUGCCCCAAAAAACGUAGGAAAUCAUGUCGUAAAGAGCCGCCCGUAGUCAUCAAGUACAUCAUCAUAAACAGGUUUAAAGGGGAGAGACUAAUGUCUGUGAAACUGGGCAAACUAAACCCUGUGGACGGUACCGUGAGUUUAAACGCCGACACAAUAAGCAAAUAUGAAACAUUGGCUCCUUUGAAGGAUUUCUGGCAGGAGAAGCAAAGAAAGCGACAGGAGCAGCUCAAGCUGGUCGCCAGAGAGAGACAACAGCGUGGUUUUCAUCUGAACGGACGACACCAUCGUCCAUUUAAUUCUAGUCAUCCUAAAAGGAAAUACAAGUUUGCAAACAGACUAAAGGUUCAAAGGGUUCACGCUGUGGAGCAGUCAGUUAUUGUGCAGGGUUCUCUACCCUCUGAUCAGACCCAUGGGUGUGUCAUUAAGGAUGAGGCCUCGGGGAUCCCGGUCACAUUGGACAUAAACGGCAUCACAAACAAGAGUCGUUCGCAGGAGAGGGAGGAAAGAGAAGGUAGAAGAUUGGGAGGAACGGAAAUAGUUAGAAUAAGAAAAUUCAAAAGCGAAGCCAGGCUGAAAAGCCAGAAAAUAAAGGAGGCACAAGAGAGGAAAAACAUUACAAAUGAAACCAGGGUCGAUACCCCUAACACCGACGACCUUACGACUAAGUCCACUACAACCAAACUUGAGUUCUCGGAAAAUUCCAACACAACUGACACCGACAAGGAAAAAUUCCCAUUUGUUUCGUCGUCCUGCUCCCCUGACAAAGCACCAUCCUCAGAGGAAGUCGAAACCGGUGUCCCGGUCAUCCCGGGCGGCUACCUGCAGACCUUACUGGAUGCAACAGACUCCUCCGGAAGUACAUCGAUCCCGUAUUUCCCUCAGCAGCCGUCAAGACAGCAGUAUCCCGUCGGCUUAUCCUUAGAGGAAAAACAAUUUUCCUCUCUUCAACUUGCUCAAAGCUGCGUCCUCUCGCCUCCAUCGGAAUCAGAGCUUCAACAGUCUCCACAGAACUGCCCCAGCUUCCCUCAAAUAUGGCAUCCGCAGCUCUGCACCAAUCAUAGCCAGAACUUUGGGCCCGAGACCCCUGAAACCCCGAUCUUACCCAACAGCUUUACGGCUACCGUACCCUUAAACGAGAGCCUACCGGUGUCGAACUACAGCCAACUCAGCCCAGAAGAUGAACGCAUACUUUAUGAGAAGAGCUACCUGACAGAGUCUGGACUACAACCUGGGGCAGAUCUACAAGUGUGUCAGUCUACCUGUGUGGAGGGGCAGGUUCAGUACCAGAGAGGGUCUCUGUGCACGGACAAUGGAAGACUCAUCAGCUAUGACUCGGUAGGCUCCUUAUCAGCGUCCUCGAGCAAUUACAGUUCGCUAAGUCUCAAAUCUUGCGAGCGAGAAGGCGAGGAAGAAGGCCGAGACAGUUUCUUAGCUCACUGCAGUCCUAAAAUGGUGAUUCAGCAGAGCGUGGAUGCCCUCACGCCACUCAGGGAGUCCUCAGACCUGCUGGACAUCUCUAAUUUUACUCCUGAUAAAUUCAGACACUCGUCAUUGUCGGAGCUUUCCCCACCUGAAACCCCUAACCUCUCCCCGCAGGUGGCAGGGCGUGACAUGAAGAUCCCGGCAAAUGUUGGGAAAUACCAGGAUGUGAAUGAUCUGGCCGCGGAGCGCGGCAGGGACGUUAAAUGGAAUUGUGACAUUAUGCAGCAACAGGAGCACACAGGAAAUGCGUACACCGUAGAAGAUACUCAAUUUCCACUGCAUAACUUCAACAACCAGGACGUCUUAUGUUUGGAUAAAAAGGACCUAAGGGUUACGGAAUUUGAAGACACUGAUGAAAUCACGGGGCCUAAAAGCAUCAAAGUGAAACGGAAAGUCAAUUGCAAACAGGCAGCUGCAGGACAGAGUCCCAAAAAAGUCCGUGCCCCGAGAACACCCAAAUCCGAAAGAGUAAAGUCCCCUAAACAGAACUCCCGUUCUACCAAAAAAAUCAAGGCCAUGUUAGAAGGUAAGGCGGCCAAGAACCAAGCAGAAGGGUGUGCUCCUGGUUUACCGGACAGCACCAACACCGGAGACUGGUCUAGCCCUGGUUGGUCAGAGAGCAACAGUCUAGUCGGGGACGACCAAAGAGAAUUUGAGGAGCCCUCAAAUAUUCUUUCGAAUAUUGUCUCCGGUAUGGCCGAAGUCCAGAGAUUCAUGAUGGCUUCCAUUGAGCCGCUGUGGAACCCGAUGUCAGAAGCCGGUAUCCCCACUGAAGCUAACAGCCUCAACUUAAAGACCCUAAAAAUCUUAGCAGGUACAGAGUCCGAUCUGAAGAAAAAAGGUGCCAUGCUGACAGGGGCUGGAAGAGGCAGAAAGGCAGGAAGUAAGGGAGGGAAAAACCAGGCCAAAUUCAACCCCGCUCACCCGUUGUUCCCUCAACUUGCUCUAGGCUGCGACAUGUUCGACAAACCCAACUUUAUUAACCCUGGUCCCGCGCACAAAAAGCUGUACCGUCACAAGACCAGCGCCAAGUUUCCUCGCAUUGAAACACUGAAGGGGAAGCGAGCUGAGAGAGACCCAAAUAAGGACAUAGCACUGAUGACCUCUUUUGAGAAACUGAGAAUGUGGAUGUCCUGUUGUUGCUGUCCUUCAUACACUGCCUGGCUCAUUUCAAGAGGAAAACCUACAAUUAAUGAGCCCUAUUUAAUCCCAAGGCAUCUUGAAAAAACAAGAUGGGACCAUUUUGUAUUGAUGACAUAUCAGAUGUCUUUUGUUCCCCUCGAGGUCAGAAUGAUUUUCUUUAUUGAGUGUUUCUUUUUCUUCUGGAGCACCGAGGAACUGGUUAUCUACAUUUACAUUUUUACGCCUUGCAAUGUCAUUAAAGCUCCACCCUCAGAGUAUUUUUGUCAUUGUUGUUGUACAGGGACAUGCAAUAUUUGCAAACAAAAAGAGAUAAUUAUACCUUAAAAUCAAUGUGCCAAAAGUAACAAUGCUGUGUAAAUGACCUCUUAUAUAUGUGUGAAUAUUGGCUGUUCCUAUUUUCUAUCUUACUGGAAUAUUGGCUCCUUACAGAGACUUGCCACAAAAAGGAAUUCUUUGUUUGGGACUCUCUUCUCUCUUGUCUGAUGAAAAGGCACCAACAGCUGGCAGUGGUACACCACCACUCACUAAACCAAAUCAGAAACACUCUCCUUGUCCCACCCGCACACACACUUCGUUUGCCAAAUUCAAUUUACCUCAACAUCGCGUGGCGCUGAUAAGCAACAAGGAGAGAGACAAAAAGGAAACGUGCUCUGAAGGCAACUACGGAGAGAAUAAGAGGAGAGGAUGAGGUAUUCGAACAAGCUUUCUGUGGACCAAGGAGAAUGUAGUACAGAUGUUUGAGGCUAAGCGAGGAAGCGAUUUGUCAGCCGGGGGGGUUCGGCCUCGCUGAAAAGCCGUUUUUUGGGACUGGAGAUUCAAGGCAGUUUAUUACACACAAGAGAUUGAGAUGCACGCAUCGGUUCUGGAUGCGGCGGUUGGAGUUAAUGUGAAUGUGAAAGCGGUUUUCAGUGCAAAUGGAAUCAGCAAUCUUGUAAAUGAAGGGAAGCAUGUCUUUUCAUCAGUUCCAUGCUGGAAACUUACUUUGAACCAAUUGAAAAAAGAAUCGUUUAUCGUAUCGUUUUUAUUGUCUUAACACUAAUUUAUUAUUUACGCCACAUGUUUUCACUUAUGGGUUCUGUUGUGUUUCAUUUUUUCCCACAUUUUUUUCUUAUGUUAUAUUCACUUUUUCAUAUUUUGGCAGAAAACGAAUACCGUAUUUGCGCACAAUUUUUAAAAAAGCAUAUUUAGGCUAAUUUCUGAAUGAAUUCAACCUACAAUCAAUACGUUACAAAUAGCUGCAAAAAUUUUAUACAGGGGUUCCCAAACUUUACCAACUCAGGGCCCACUUGAAAAUCUAAAAAAAAAAUGUCAGCGGCCCACCUUUGUCCUAUAAACAGUACAUCGACAAAAUGCUGCAUUCUCAGAGCACUUAACUUAAUAAUAAUAAUAAUAAAUUUAAAAUUACAAUUUUAUUUACAAUUUUACUUACAAAUUUAUUUACAAUUUUAUUUACAAAUUUAUUUACAAUUUUAUUUACAAUUUUAUUUACAAUUUUAAUUAAUUUUAAAAAUUAAAAUUGUAAUUUAAUAAAUAAUUUAUUAUUAUUAAAAUUUGUAUUUUUAGUUUUUAUUUUUAAAAAAAUUAAAUUAAAAAUAAUAUUUUGAUUUUAAUAAAUAAUUUAUUGUUAUUUUAUUAAUAUUAAAAUUUUAAUUUUAACAUAUUGAUAUUAAUAUUAUUAAUAAUAAUAUAAUAUUAAUAUGUAUUCAAGACUGGCAUGAUGACCAGAGAGCUACGUUCCAAUCAUAAACUGUAUAAGGUUCUUAAAAUAUUGUGACAGGUCAAUAACACUCAAUAGGUUAUUACUUGGGCCUAUAAAUAUUUUUUUUAAACGUGCAAUAAAUAUUUUACAAUAAAAAUUAUUUUAAAAUAAUAUUUGCAAAAAUUAUUAUCAGAUUUUUAAUGACCUCUCAUGGCCCACCUGCAGUAACACCACGGCCCACCAGGGGGCCGCGGUCCACACUUUGGGAAUCACUUCUUUUAUUGCAGACUUUUGGAAGCAUGACUUCAAAACAGGCCUCGUCACCCAAAAAAAAAAAAACAUUCCGGCACAAGGAUGAUAGGAGUAAGAUUGCUUGCAUGUGACAAAACUCCAAAUCAAACAUGGAUUCUUUUUUCCCUCCCACCUCCCUUCUUCCCUCCGCCAUGAUCCUACAUUUCGUUUUUCCAGAAUAUCAGGGUUAGGACCAAGACGAGCUGCUGAUGGGAAGCUCCACGUGGGUUGUAAACCCAUUUAGUCUGCCUUCUCUCAUUUCUGCCUAUUGUCAAAUUGAAUGUACUUAAUCGAAGUUGGUUUUUUUUAUUCUGUUUUCAAAACGUGCCACUGUUGAGCUGCCUCAUUUUAAUGGUGCUAAGAAAGCUGACCUUUUUUUUGUUGUUUUAUUUUUGUUUUCCCAUGAGUUAAGACAAAAAAAAAAUAAGAAAUGCAAACAAGAUUAGGUUCCUAAUCCUCCUUAUGAAUGUAUAUUCUAAUGUUAUGUUUGAUGUAUUCAUUCAUGAUUCUUUGACAUUGAUUGGGAUUACUUUUUGCUCUUUUCAUUAAAAGAUCGCCAAGCUUUAUAUAUACUGUCUAGAGUUGUUACCAGAAGGAAUCUUAAUGAACUCUUGACACAACAAAAUCUUGUAUAUUUUUUGUGUGCCAAUUUGUAACAUAUUUUGUAAGUGUAUAUUUUUCUUAGAAAGUGCUGUGAAGUAUUUGUGUGUGUGAGUAACCUUUUAUGCGCCUCCAUGGGCAGUGGAAAGGAUAUACGAUGACAAGUUUCUGGUUUUAAAAACCAAAAUAUGAAAGUAUCAACAAAAACACUAGAACUAUUUACAUUUUGUUGGGAGUUUUUUUGUAAUAAGACCAUGAUCUUGUUGUGAGAGUGUUGUGUUACUGUGUAAAACACAAAUAAGCAAAGAAAAAAAAAAGAAAACCUGAAAGAAAAAAAUAUAUAAUUUGUGAACAAUUUGCUGUUUUAUAGAUUUUCAUGUAAAUUAUUUGAGUAUUAUUUUGUUUUUUUUGUUUUGUUGUAAUUGUUGCAAAGGUUUUAAAUAUUUGUGAUCAAGCCUGUAUGGUGAUAAUGUAAUAUUGGUAACUUGCUGAGUUUUGUAAUAAUGUUUAUGGAGUAAAUAUACAAAUUAAAAUAAGAUUUUGAAUGCUG